GUUUUCACAAUAGAAGAAUUAACGUAACGGAAACGUAAACACAAGUUGGAGUUCAACGACGCUAGUUCACAUUUUGAUCCGCUUUUAGAUGUUUACAGGUGUCGUGGCGAGUUUUAACAGCACCGUGAUUUAUACGAAUUAACAUUUCGACUCUAGGUAAAGAAACCGUUAAAUCGUUAUCUGGCUAACUUUGCUUUGCUGGUUCUUGGUGAACUGCGACAUGAGCGACAAAAUGUAACUGAACAGCCUGUUUUAUUCCCCAAGCAAAUAAAAGAGUUUUGGUUAACGUUAACGUCAACAACAGAGUUUCUAGCAAUGCCCGAGCUGGACGUGAAAUACUCCGGCGCCGUGAGCCCGAAAAGACGCCGCCACAGCCGCUCCAGCAGCCGCUCACCGGACCGAGGGCUGAAGACCCACAGGCACGAGCACGAGGACGACCACAAGUCGAGAUACAACGACAAAGAGAGGAGCAGGAACCGCUUUCGAGUCGGCUAUUCUCGCAGUCGCUCCAGGUCAAGGGAAAGAGAUCGGUCGAACUGGUCCGAUCAGAGAGACCGAGAUCACGGCUUUGGAUCAAGAUCCGAUUACUACGAGAAGAGGGACGAUGCCCAGCGACAGAGACAAGACGCCUUCAUCGCUAGGCGUCUGCAGGAACGCGAGAGAAUCGGUGAACUGGGAUGUCCAGAGGUCUGGGGAUAUUCUCCAAGAGUCAGAGAACCUGACUCGGAUGAACACACUCCUGUAGAAGAGGACGUGAAGAACAGCAGCUCUGAUUCGAGUUCACAGGAGGAAAAGAAGAAAAAGAAAAAGAAGAAGAAGAAGAAAUCAAAGAAGAGGAAGAACAGGAAGCACUCGGAGGACAGCGAGUCAGAAAGUGAUUCUGAAGAAGAGAUGAAAAAGAAGAAAAGAAAGAAGAAAAGUAAAAAGAAGAAGUCAAAGAAGAAGAAGGCGAAGAAGAAUCACAAGGAGUCCAGUAGCUCUAGCAGUGAACAUUCAGAGGAAGAAGAAGAGGAUGCCAAUGAAAUCUCAUGGGUGGAGAAGACAGGUGUUGGAGAACAUGUCGUUGGACCUGAAGCUCCUCUCACUCACCUGUCCCAAGAUGACAAACCUUUAGAUUUUGGCCACGCUUUGCUGCCAGGUGAAGGUGCAGCUAUGGCAGAGUUCGUCAAAGCGGGAAAACGUAUUCCAAGAAGAGGUGAAAUCGGUUUGACCAGUGAGGAGAUUGCAGAGUUUGAAAAAUGUGGCUAUGUCAUGAGUGGAAGCAGACAUCGGCGUAUGGAGGCUGUGCGUCUGAGAAAGGAAAACCAGAUCUACAGUGCUGAUGAGAAGAGGGCGCUUGCUUCCUUUAACCAAGAGGAACGAAGAAAGAGGGAGAGCAAGAUCCUUUCCAGCUUCAGGGAAAUGGUGUACAGAAAAACUAAAGGCAAAGACGAGAAGUAGGCUAUCCUGCAGAAACUUAUUUUCAGUUGGAAUGUUAUUUUUUUUUUCUUUUUUUAAAAGGGAAAAAGGCAACUUAAAACGUGAUGAAGUCACAGGUUUUACUUAAAUGUGUGAUUGUAUAAAUUUUUGUUUGCCUGGGCAUCCUCCUGUACAGUAUACGGUGAGAGGCUUGUGAACUAGAAUUGAUAUGUAUGUUUCUUUUAUUACAAACAAGAAAUAAACGGUGAUCAUUAGAACUCAAAUCAUUAACCACUGCAAUACCCUUCGUGUAAUGUGCAUUGCAUCUAAAUAAAAUUGGUCAUGUGAUUCA